AAUGUGAGGAAUGUCCCUGUUUGUGUAGGACUCCAUUCAGUUCUUUGGCGAGCCGGCCGCUGGGAGUGUAUAAAAGCCAGCGCCGCCCGCCCAGUCUCUUCUCACCAAGAAGACUCAGCUAGACCCACUCCAACUCCGACCCCAGGAGACCGACCUCCUCCAGACAGCAGCAGCCCCAGCCCAGCCGACAACCCCAGACGCCACCGCCUGGAGCGUCCGGACACCAACCUCCGCCCCAUCUGAGUCCAGGCUCCGGCCGCGCCUCUGGUCCCCUCUGCAUCCUGCUGUGCGUUCCUCCGCCGCACCCCGACCAUGCCCGCCUCCAUCGCCGGUCCCAUCAGCCUCGCCUUGGUGCUCCUCGCCCUCUCCACCCGGCCUGCUACCGGCCAGGACUGCAGCGCGCAGUGUCAGUGCGCAGCCGAAGCGGCGCCGCGCUGCCUCGCCGGCGUGAGCCUUGUGCUGGACGGAUGCGGCUGCUGCCGUGUCUGCGCCAAGCAGCUGGGAGAACUGUGCACGGAGCGUGACCCCUGUGACCCACACAAAGGCCUCUUCUGCGAUUUCGGCUCCCCCGCCAACCGCAAGAUCGGCGUGUGCACUGCCAAAGAUGGUGCACCCUGUGUCUUCGGUGGGUCUGUGUACCGCAGCGGUGAGUCCUUCCAAAGCAGCUGCAAAUACCAAUGCACUUGCCUGGAUGGGGCUGUGGGCUGCGUACCCCUGUGCAGCAUGGACGUGCGCCUGCCCAAUUCAUCUGUGCCUUACAUGGAGAAAAUGUUUAAAUAUUAG